AUGAGUGACGCCGAGAUGGAAAUAUUUGGGGUGGCUGCCCCGUACCUCCGCAAAUCAGAGCGGGAGAGAAUCGCAGCGCAGAACGUGGUGUUUGACGCCAAAGCUGCUGUCUUUGUGCCCGACGCCAAGCAGGAGUACGUGAAGGGGAAAAUCAAAAGCCAGGACGGCUCCAAAGUCACCGUGGAGACUGAGGACGGAAAGGUCGUCACAGUGCACCUGGAUGACAUUCGCCCGAUGAACCCUCCUAAGUUUGACAAGAUCGAGGACAUGGCCCUGCUGACACACCUCCACGAACCGGCCGUGCUCUUCAACCUCAAAGAGCGCUACGCCGCCUGGAUGAUCUAUACCUACUCUGGACUCUUCUGUGUGACCGUGAACCCUUACAAGUGGCUUCCGGUCUACAACCCGGAGGUGGUGGCUGGGUACCGUGGGAAGAAACGUCAGGAGGCGCCACCACACAUCUUCUCCAUCUCUGACAACGCUUACCAGUUCAUGCUCACAGAUCGAGAGAACCAGUCUAUCCUGAUCACCGGAGAAUCUGGCGCCGGGAAGACGGUCAACACAAAGCGAGUCAUCCAGUACUUUGCAACAAUUGCAUCAUUCGGAGACUCGAGCAAGAAAGAGCAGCCUGCCGGCAGAAUGCAGGGGACCCUGGAGGAUCAAAUCAUCCAGGCCAACCCUCUGCUGGAAGCUUUCGGGAACGCCAAGACCGUGAGGAACGACAACUCCUCUCGAUUUGGAAAAUUCAUCCGCAUCCACUUUGGAACAAAGGGGAAGUUGGCAUCAGCUGAUAUUGAAACGUACCUUCUGGAAAAAUCCAGAGUGACGUUUCAGCUGCCGGCAGAGAGGAGCUACCACAUCUUCUAUCAGAUCAUGUCAAACAAGAAGCCUGACCUAAUCGAGAUGCUGCUGAUAACCACCAAUCCGUAUGACUACCCGUUCAUCAGCCAGGGUGAGAUCACUGUGCUCAGCAUCAAUGAUACUGAGGAGCUCAUGGCCACAGAUAGCGCCAUCGACAUCCUGGGGUUUAACGCGGAGGAGAAGGUGGGCAUCUACAAGCUGACUGGAGCUGUGAUGCACAACGGGAACAUGAAGUUCAAGCAGAAGCAGCGGGAGGAGCAGGCGGAGCCCGACGGCACGGAGGUGGCAGACAAAGUGGCCUACCUCAUGGGUCUGAACUCUUCCGAUUUGCUGAAAGCUCUGUGUUAUCCCCGAGUGAAGGUUGGGAACGAGUAUGUCACCAAAGGUCAAACUCCACAGCAGGUGAACAACGCCAUGGGAGCGCUGUCGAAGGCCGUGUAUGAGAAGCUCUUCCUGUGGAUGGUCACCAGGAUCAACCAGCAGCUCGACACCAAACUGCCACGGCAGCAUUUCAUCGGCGUGCUGGACAUCGCAGGGUUUGAGAUCUUUGAGAUGAACAGUUUGGAGCAGCUGUGCAUCAACUUCACAAACGAGAAGCUGCAACAGUUCUUCAACCACCACAUGUUUGUGCUGGAGCAAGAAGAAUACAAGAAGGAAGGAAUAGCGUGGGAGUUCAUUGACUUCGGCAUGGACCUGGCAGCCUGCAUUGAGCUCAUUGAAAAGCCGAUGGGCAUUUUCUCCAUUCUCGAAGAGGAGUGCAUGUUUCCGAAGGCGACUGACGGCUCCUUCAAGAACAAGCUGUACGACCAACACCUGGGGAAGAACAGCAUCUUUCAGAAGCCCAAACCCAGCAAAGGAAAGGCAGAAGCCCACUUCUCACUCAUGCAUUACGCCGGCACCGUGGACUACAACAUCAGCGGCUGGCUGGAAAAAAACAAAGACCCGCUGAACGACACUGUGGUGCAGCUUUACCAAAAAGCUUCCCUUAAGCUGCUCUCUCAGCUCUUCGCCACAUAUGCGACUGCUGACGGUGAGGCAGCUGCUGAUGGAAGUAAGAAAAGUUCCAAGAAAAAAGGCUCAUCUUUCCAGACAGUUUCUGCACUUUUCAGGGAAAACCUGAAUAAACUGAUGGCCAACCUCAGGUCCACGCAUCCACACUUUGUAAGAUGUAUCAUCCCCAAUGAAACCAAGACACCAGGGUCCAUGGACCACCAUCUGGUCCUUCACCAGCUGCGCUGUAACGGCGUGCUGGAGGGUAUCAGGAUCUGCAGAAAGGGAUUCCCAAGCAGGAUCCUGUAUGGAGACUUCAGGCAGAGAUACAGGAUUCUGAACGCCAGCGCCAUCCCUGAGGGACAGUUUAUUGACAGCAAGAAAGCCUCAGAGAAACUGCUGUCCUCCAUUGAUGUGGACCAUGCUCAGUACAGAUUUGGAUACACGAAGGUGUUUUUCAAAGCCGGCCUCCUGGGCCUCCUGGAGGAGAUGAGAGAUGAACGACUGGCCGUGCUGAUGACUCGAAUCCAGGCUGUGGCCAGAGGUUACGUCACCAGGCUGAGGCUCAAGGAGAUGACGAAGAAAAGAGAGUCCAUUUUCAUCAUCCAGUACAACAUCCGCUCAUUCAUGAAUGUGAAGAACUGGCCUUGGAUGAGGCUCUUCUUCAAGAUAAAGCCUCUGUUGCGCAGUGCGGAGGCCGAGAAGGAGAUGCAGACCAUGAAAGAGGAGUUCUCACGACUCAAAGAGGAGUUUGCAAAGUCGGAGGCCAGGAGGAAGGAGCUGGAGGAGAAAAUGGUUGUGCUCGUGCAGGAGAAAAAUGACCUUUACCUUCAAAUCCAAGCGGAGAGGGAGAACCUGUGCGAUGCUGAGGAGAGGUGCGAAGGCUUGAUAAAGAGCAAGAUCCAGCUGGAGGCCAAAGCAAAAGAGUUCUCAGAGAGGAUGGAGGAAGAGGAGGAGAUCAACGCCGAAAUCACUGCUAAGAAGAGGAAGCUGGAGGACGAAUGUUCGGAGCUGAAAAGAGACAUCGACGACCUGGAACUCACCAUCGCCAAAGUGGAGAAGGAGAAAUAUGCCACAGAAAACAAGGUUAAGAAUUUGGUAGAGGAGCUUACUACGCUGGAGGAGAAUCUGAUGAAGUCUUCAAAGGAGAUCAGAGCUCUGCAGGAGGUGCACCAGCAGACGCUGGAUGACCUCCAGGCUGAGGAGGACAAAGUCAACUGUUUAAUGAAGACGAAAAUCAAGUUGGAGCAGCAGGUCGAUGACCUGGAGGGAUCCCUGGAGCAGGAGAAGAAGGUGCGUGCAGACUUGGAGAGAUCCAGAAGAAAACUGGAGGGGGAUCUGAAGCUGUCCCAGGAAACCAUCAUGGACCUGGAGAAUGAAAGACAGCAAAUGGAAGAAAGACUGAAAAAAAAGGACUUUGAAAUAAGCCACCUGCAGAGCAAAAUGGAGGAUGAGCAAGCCCUCAGUACACAACUACAAAAGAGAAUAAAAGAGCUUCAGGCUCGCAUUGAAGAGCUGGAGGAGGAAAUGGAGGCGGAGCGCUCGGCUCGAGCCAAGGUGGAGAAGCAGAGGUCCGACCUGUCCAGAGAGCUGGAGGAGAUCAGCGAGAGGCUGGAGGAGGCCGGAGGAGCCACCGCCGCUCAGGCCGAGCUGAACAAGAAGCGCGACGCCGAGUUUCAGAGGCUGCGUCGCGAUCUGGAAGAGUCCACCCUGCAGCACGAAUCCAUCGCCGCAACUCUGCGCAAGAAGCAGGCCGACAGUGUCGCCGAACUCAGCGAUCAGAUGGACAACAUUCAACGAGUCAAGCAGAAACUGGAGAAGGAGAAAAGCGAGCUGAAGAUGGAAAUCGACGAUAUGGCAACCAGCAUGGAGAGUGUUCUGAAAAGCAAGGCUAAUCUGGAGAAGCUCUGCAGAAGCCUCGAAGACCAAAUGAAUGAAUACAAGACCAAAGCAGACGAAGCCCAGAGGUCUCUGAGUGAUUACACUACACUGAGCGCUCGUCUGCAAACAGAAAACGGUGAACUCACACGUCUGCUGGACGAGAAGGAGAUCAGUCUGUCCCAGCUGAACAGAGCCAAAUCUGCCGGGAGUCAUCAAAUCGAAGAGCUGAAGAGACUAUUGGAUGAAGAAAUUAAGGCCAAAAACGCCCUGGCUCACAGUGUGCAGUCAGCUCGACACGACUGCGAGCUGCUCAGAGAGCAGUACGAGGAGGAGCAGGAGGCCAAAGCCGAGCUGCAGCGCUGCCUGUCCAAGGCCAACAGCGACGUGGCUCAGUGGAGAACCAAAUACGAGACGGACGCCAUCCAGCGCACCGAAGAGCUCGAGGAGGCAAAGAAGAAGCUGGCCCAGCGGCUGCAGGAGUCUGAGGAAAUGACAGAGGCAGCUAAUGUGAAAUGUGCAUCUCUGGAGAAAACCAAGCAGCGGCUGCAGGCUGAGGUGGAGGAUCUCAUGGUGGAGCUGGAAAGAUCAAAUGCAGCCAGCGCCGCCUUGGACAAGAAGCAGAGGAACUUUGACAAGAUUCUGGCUGAAUGGAAACAGAAAUAUGAGGAGAGUCAAUCAGAGCUGGAAGUCUCCCAGAGAGAGACUAGAGGGCUAAGCACAGAACUCUUCAAGCUGAAGAAUUCAUACGAAGAGGCUCUGGAUCAUCUGGAGACCAUGAAAAGAGAGAAUAAAAACCUCCAGCAGGAGAUCACAGAUAUCACCGAGCAAGUUGGACAAUCUGCUAAAACUAUCCAUGAGUUGGAGAAAGCUGCAAAGCAAGCUGAGCAGGAGAGGAGGGACACCCAGGCAGCUCUAGAGGAAGUCGAGUCUUCCCUGGAACACGAGGAGGCCAAAAUCCUGCACCUUCAACUGGAGCUGAACCAGAUCAAGUCAGAAGUGGACAGAAAGGUGGCGGAGAAAGACGAAGAGAUCGACCAGCUCAAGAGGAACCACCAGAGAACCGUGGACACUCUGCAGAACGCGCUGGACGCCGAGACACGCAGCAGAAACGACGCCAUCCGGACGAAGAAAAAGAUGGAGGGAGAUCUGAACGAGAUGGAGAUCCAGCUGGGUCACGCCAACCGGCAGGCAGCCGAGGCCACCAAACAGCUGAGGAACCUGCAGACUCAGCUGAAGGACACCCAGGUCCAUCUGGAUGAAGCACUCCACAGUCAAGAGGACUUAAAGGAACAGCUGGCCAUCACAGAGCGCCGCAACAACCUGAUGAUGGCCGAGAACGAGGAGAUGACGACGGCGCUGGAGCAAUCUGAGAGGAGUCGCAAGCUGGCCGAGCAGGAACUGAUCGACGUCAGUGAGAGGAUUCAACUGCUGCACUCUCAGAACACCAGCCUCAUAAACACUAAAAAGAAGACAGAGGCAGACUUAGCUCAGCUGCAGUCAGAGAUGGAGGACACUGUCCAGGAGGCGAGGAAUGCAGAUGAGAAGGCCAAAAAAGCCAUCAUGGAUGCCGCCAUGAUGGCCGAGGAGCUGAAGAAAGAGCAGGACACCAGCGCUCACUUGGAGAGGAUGAAGAAGAACCUGGAGGUCACAGUGAAAGACCUGCAGCAGCGCCUGGAUGAGGCCGAGCAGAUGGCUCUGAAAGGAGGGAAGAAAGAGCUUCAGAAGCUGGAAACCAGGGUUCGUGAGCUGGAAAACGAAUUGGAGGCGGAACAGAAGCGAAGCGGUGAGGCUAUGAAAGGCGUGCGGAAAUAUGAGAGGAAAAUUAAAGAGCUCACUUAUCAGGGUGAGGAGGAGAAGAAGAACGUGGCGAGACUCCAGGAUUUGGUCAACAAACUGCAACUGAAAGUCAAAGCAUAUAAGCGGCAGUGCGAGGAGGCGGAGGAGCAAACCAGCGUGCAUUUGGCUAAAUUUCGGAAGGUGCAACACGAACUGGAGGAGGCGGAGGAACGAGCCGAUAUCGCAGAAUCCCAGUUGAAUAAAUUACGAGCAAAGAGCCGUGACUUUGGGAAAGGGGAAUAGAAAUUUGUGCUGGUACAAAAUGCCAGUCGUCACUGUGAAAACCAUGUAUCUCCAAAACGUCUUCACAACCUGCAGUGUGAACAAACACCUGAAACUGAAAUUUGAAGAUUUGUGGUUUGGACAGUAACUGGGUUUUGGACAAA